ACGGAGUCUGUAAUAAUCUGUAUUUAUUCCGCGUUUCUAGUGGUUUGUGAACGUAGAAUUAUUACUUGUGUCCACUGUGUGCUAACCAUAACAAAGUGAAGGGAUGUGGGAAAAUAUUUGCAAUUAUUAUAUUUUUUUUGUAUUUCCAAACCAACUUUCUUGAAAUUAAAGAACACCAUUGUGUUACAAUGUUGAGUUCUUCGUGAUUCAUGGAAAUAUUCUGUAGCAAGAUUUUACUGUGGGGCUUUUGUGUUCCUGUUGUCACUUGUGGAUUUUCUUCACGUCUUCAGAGCAUCUAAAGAGUAAGAAAAAUGGUUCCUGAUCAACAAUUUUCACUCCGUUGGGGUGAAUACAAAAGUACAUUAGUAACAGUGUUUGAAAAACUACUAAAAAAUGGAAUGCUUGUGGAUUGCACUUUGUCUGCUGAAGGAAAAUCAUUAGAAGCUCAUAGGGCUGUGAUGUCAGCAUGCAGUCCUUAUUUUGAAUUGCUGCUGAGUGAGCACAGUGAGAAGCAUCCAGUUGUGAUUCUGAAAGAUGUGAAGUUUGAGCAGAUGAAAGCAAUGGUAGAUUACAUGUAUAAGGGAGAAGUUAUUGUUUCUAAAGAUCAAAUAGAAUCUCUUCUUGCUGCUGCUGAAUCUCUGAAAAUAAGAGGUCUAACAACCAACAGUGAUAGUGAAUCUUCGAAGAACAUAAAGGCUGAUGGUGAUGGCAAUGAGUUCUCAGCAGGAUGUCUUCCAACCACGGACAUGGAUGAGCCAGUGGAGGUCAAACCAUUUGCACAUUUCUUGGUUCCUACGCUUGGAGAUUCACAAGAACCGGUGUCAACUCCAGGUUUCUUAUCUUCAGUGCCAGAUCAAAGAGCAGUGUGCACAGCAAGAUCUGAGGAAGAAUCAUUACUGCAUUGGGGUGAACAUGGAAAUACAUUAGUAGCAGUAUUUGAGCGAUUAUUGGGAAGUGGUACUCUUGUUGACUGCACUCUUGCGGCAGAAGGGCAGUACAUUAAAGCUCACAAAGCUGUGCUUUCAGCAUGCAGUCCGUAUUUUGAGGUGGUACUGAAUCAGCAUGGGGAGAAGCAUCCAAUAGUUGUUCUUCAAGAUGUGAAAUUUCAUCAACUUAAAGCAAUGAUUGAGUUCAUGUAUCGUGGUGAAGUUGUGGUUUCAAAGGAUCAGAUCGAUGAUCUUUGCAAAGCUGCUGAAUCUCUGCAAAUUAAGGGCCUUAUUGAAGAAGCCAAUCGUAAGGGCUCUGAUGACCAAUUCACAGUUCCACACUCCCCAAACGGUAUUCCACCAGUGCGUCAAUCUUCUUCAAUAGAAGACAUCAGAAAUACUCAGGGUGAAUCAACAGAAGCAAAUACUUCUGAAGCAAAUUCUGAAUCAGCAGAAAAAAAGAUGUCUGAUAGGAAUGUAGACAAUGACCAGCAAUUUUCUCUUCGUUGGGGGGAACAUGGAAAAACAUUAGUAACAGUUUUUCAGAGAUUUUUCAAGAGCAGUGCAUUAGUGGAUUGCACAUUGUCUGCUGAAGGACAGUACCUAAAAGUCCAUAAGACUGUAUUAUCGGCCUGUAGUUUGUAUUUUGAGUUAUUGUUAAGCCAGUACACUGAAAAACAUCCAGUUGUAAUUUUGAAAGAUGUGAAGUUCGAGCAACUGAAGAUUAUGAUAGAUUAUAUGUACCAUGGUGAAGUCAUCAUAUCGAAGGAUCAAAUUCAGUCUCUGUGUACAACAGCUGAGUACCUGCAAGUAAAAGGAUUUGCUACAGAGAAGAGACCUGAUAAUGAAAUGCAAGACGAUGUUGAAAUUCAGGAUGACUUUAUCGAAGACUCCAUGCCUCUUGCUGAGAGAGGGAAGCGCAAGAAGAAGCAAAUGAAGAAACAGAAGCAGCUGCAGCUACAGCAGCAGCAAGAGCAACUGGCACCACCAGUAAAGCGAAAGAGAGGAAGACCACCUAAAAACGGAAGGGCUGCUGCAGUGACCGCGAAAGCAGCGAAGGCAGCAAAAGCAAUGAAAGCAAUACGCCCAACAAAAGUAACAAGGACUCGUGCCGCCUCUGCUGCUGCAAGUCGUUCAUCAAUUUUUCCCGUGUCCGAAAGUAAGCCUGGUACAUCAUCUGAGGGUGAUUUAGAGAGAUCCCAGAAAAUGGAAUUGAUGUCUGCCAUAUUGUUACAACGAAAAUCUGAAGAUGUGGAUAAGACGGCUCCUGAUGAUAGCGAUGGUGAUGACCAUUUUGAUGCACUUCCUGAUAUGGAUGAUUCUGAAGAUGUGAAACCUGUUAUUGAUACAGAAAAGAUUCCCAAAACUGAGAAAGAUGAAAAAUCUGCUCCACUUCCUAUAAAGAAAGAACUAAGUAGCUUCCCUGGCGUGGUAUUUCAAUUGCCGCCGAUUCGGAAGCGUGUUGUGACAGGCGCUGACCGCGUGUUCGCAGACCGGCGCGCGCGCCUGCUGCCGGGCAACCGGCCCUACCAGUGCCUGGAGUGCGGCAAGACGUACCGGCAGCAGAGCAGCCUGUCGACGCACAAGCGCUCGCACCGCGGCGACGUGUACCGCUGCGACGCGUGCAACAAGCCCUUCAACCACCGCUCGCACCUCAUCCGCCACCUGCGCGUGCACACGACGCGUGAGGCCAAGAUGUACCCGUGCACGGUGUGCGGCAAGGUGUACAAGCAGCCCGGCAGCCUGGCGUCGCACAGCCGCCAGCACGAGGAGGUGUACAAGUGCGACACGUGCAACAAGGAGUUCGGCAAGCGGCUGGCGCUCAUCCGCCACAUGAACGUGCACUCCACCGAGCGCUCCUUCAAGUGCGGCAUCUGCGGCAAGGCGUACCGCCAGCGCAGCAGCCUGUCCACGCACCACCGCGCGCACCGCGGCGAGGGCGUCAUGUGCGACGUGUGCGGCAAGGUGUUCAACGACAGCUCGCACCUGAAGCGCCACACGCGCGCGCACACGGGCGAGAAGCCCUACAAGUGCACCACGUGCGGCAAGGCGUUCGCGCAGCACUUCAUCCUCACCAACCACGUGCGCAUCCACACGGGCGAGAAGCCCUUCGUGUGCGAGCUGUGCGGCAAGGCCUUCCGCCAGCCGGGCUCGCUGCACAACCAUCGCCGCGACAUGCACGGCGGGCCGCGGAAGCCCCCGGCGCCCGACCAACGGCCCCGCGAGCGCCACUCCAACAGCCACGCGAAACGCCGCCGCAACGGCGCGGCCAGCCGCUGUCCGCCAACGGGCCGCGCCGUCAACGCGGCGCCGUCAACGAGCGCGCCACAGGCCCACCGUCACGCGGCAGCGCCAACGCCCGCCGUGGUGGCCGCCCACGCGGGCGCGUGCGGCGGCGCCGCCGCCCACGCGGCCCGUGCACAACGCCACACGUCGCCUCCACCCGCCGCACCCGUCCCUACGCGCGCCCCCGCCGCUCGGGUCGCACGCCGCGGCCGCCGCGCCGCCGUGCGCGCCUUGCCCUCAGCCCGCACGCGCCCGCCCAACGGUGCAGCACGUGCCCACGCGCACCCACGCCUCCCCUCACCUCGCCGGCCACUCCCAUAA